AUGUCUGACGCUCUCGUCACUACCCUACGCUCGCCAACCAAGUUCUCGCCAAAGCAAAUCACGGCAUUCUAUUUCAAGCCCUUCCUCACGGAGGAAGGGGAUCCUACUGGCCUGCAGAUCUGCAAAGCUUGCGGCAAGAUGAGGAAGCAUGCGCCUAAAACUGGGUACACCAACCUGGUGUCCCACGUCCGGUCCGAGCACAGCCGCUUCGAGGCCGAGAUGGAAGCCGCCAGCACGGCAGCGACCGGGACUCUGCUUCCGUGGGUGCGCCAAAAGGUGUCCAAUCGUCAUGCGUGGCUUCUGUGGCUCGUCUGCGGAAACCUACCGUUCUCCUUCGUCGAGAUGGAGACGACAAGAAGGUACACCAACUUUCCGCCUGUGUGCGAGGAGACCAUCACUCGCGACAUGGAGAAUGUCACUAAAGCGGUUGAGCGACGUAUUGGUGACGAACUCCCCGAAAAUUUUGGGAUUGUCCUCGACGGGUGGACGCAUGGCAGCGAGCACUACCUCGCAGUGUUUGCGUGCUACGAGCUCAAUGGUGUCCGCCAAGCUCCAUUGCUAUCCAUGGCUCCGAUCAUCAACGGCCCGGAUGACAGCCUCAACGCGGAAAGCCAUAUGGCUGCACUCUCGGCGUUUUUACCUUUUUUCGGUAAAACCCUCUCUAACGUGAUUUUUCUCGUAGGCGAUAACUGUGAGGUAAACAAGCGCCUCGCCCGUCUAUUGGUCUUACCGUUGGUCGGGUGUGCGAGCCAUCGGCUUAAUUUGGCCGUGCAAAGUUUUAUCGCUCCCUACGAGGAAGAAUUGGAGCAAGUACAGUCCUUAAUGAAGCGGCUGCGCACAAUCAACCAAGCGGCAAAACUUCGAUUGAAGACCCGCAUUCGUCCUAAAUUGCGCCAAGUCACUCGCUGGGGAUCAACGUACACUAUGUUGUCGCGUUACUUUGAACUUCGCGGGUUCAUCAGUGCCGACGAUGAAGAGCUGGCAGAGGAGAUGCCGUCCCUGGCUGUAAAACGCAAGCUCAAGCGUUGCUCGAGCAACUAG